GCCACAAGGAGUUGUGCUGCGAUCGAUUGGAGGUGAGGUGAGCCGGACGUGGAGUAGAUAGGUGGAGGACGCGGUGCGAUACGGUUGUAGUCGUCAAGGUGCUUGCUGCUGGUUCUCUACCUCAGUGCCACAGUGCAGUGUGCAUGCUCCGGGCGCGGUGACAGAGAUAGUGUGCGAGAGAGUGACAGAUAGUGGUUCGAGUAACACGCCCCCUCCGCGCAGGGCGGGAGAAGGAGGGCGGUGAUUGGCGGCUGCCGAGUCACGUGGUGGGGUGCGCAGUGGUCUUCUGCGCAGGGGUGAACCGACUCCGCCGUCUCUGUUGCGCUCGCGCUCUGUUCCUCGGCUCGGGUGCACGUUUAGAAACAUGUCGACUAAGUAUAUUUUUGUAUGUGUUUUUGAAAAAGUUUUAGGAGGGAUUUCAGCGCGCUCGACGAGGAUCAAUCGAGGGUUCUUAUUUAAUGCAGCCCGCGGAACCUUUAAGCUGGCGCUCCCGUAACAGGCUUAGCCCUUGUUUUAUCCGGUGUGCGCGCGCGUGAGGGGUGGUGAGGGGAUACCACGACGACGGCGACUACGACGGGAAGGAGAGGAAGAAUAAGAAGAAGCGACGGCUGUGACCGACUUGGGCGAUCCGCUUCCUGCCAGCGGCUUAAGGACUCGGUUGCAAGCCGACUCCAUGUGGCCGAACAGCUUGUCAGGAGGAUGCAACCCGGACGGGGAGCUGGCGUUCCCGGCGUUCAGCAGUGCGUGCGGGACGGCUGCGGCACCCGGCAUGGCCUCCUACCUCAAGUCGGCCGCACCCUACUCUGUCAACGGGAUCGGCCUCGCCAUGGAUUCGCUGCACUCCUCCAUGGGAUACCCUACAGGUAAUCCUAGAAAACAGCGGCGGGAGCGAACGACGUUCACACGGGCCCAGCUCGACGUGUUGGAGGCUCUCUUCUCCAAAACUCGAUACCCGGACAUAUUCAUGAGAGAGGAAGUAGCACUGAAAAUCAACCUGCCCGAGUCCAGAGUACAGGUGUGGUUCAAGAACAGGCGAGCCAAAUGUCGACAGCAGGUGAAGCAGCAUCAACAGCAGCAACAGAACGGGGGUGGCGCGUCCGAGAAAGGCAGCAGUGGAGGCAGCAGCAGCAGCAGUAGAAGUCUUGGAGGCGGCAAGAGCAAAUCGACGGCGCCGCCGGCCAAGACGCCUCCCGCCCCCGCUACUGCGGCCGCCUCACCAGUGACGGGGGCGGGUGCCGGGUCGGGGGCAGCUAGUGCCGCCUCCCGAGACUCUCCCUACAAGCCGCUUCUCACCGCAACACCACCUGUGCCCUCUGUUUACUCACCAGGAACAACGAAUGCGUCGAUAUGGAGUCCGGCGAUCAUCGACUCGUGCCUGGACGCCAGCGGUCACCACCAGCGAGGGGGCAGCUCGGGGUACGGGGGCGGGGGUGGGGGCAGUAGCAGCGGGGGCAGUGCCACCACCUCAUCCAACUGCUACCCGCCGCCCCACCACCAAAACUACACUUCCUACUACAGCAACAUGGACUACCUGGGGGCACCCUCCUCUGCCAUCACACAUUCGCAACUCAACGUCGCAGAGAACGGACUGGAAAGUUCCUGGGUGAAAAGAGAAGAUUCAACUUCAUGGUUCUACAAUUCGACAGGAUGGGAUAGAAAAUGAAAAAGAAUGUUAGGCCUAGACUUCUUUUAAAAAAAUUCUGUCUAUUGUGGACUGAGAAGUUCUGAAAGGUAUUUCUGCUGAGAGAAUAUACGAUUAUAUUGGAUAUCAACGAACUUGAAAGAUCCUUUCCGUUUUACCAGAAGACACUGAAUUCAAGUGACAACGAAAUGAAAAAUAUGUCAACCAGUGAUAAUGUGAUGAUUUUGAAUAAUUUUACUAUAAUCGACCAGAACUUCCAAAAUAAUGACUGAUUAGAAGAUGAUCUCACGGUACGGUAGCCAACAAAACAAUUCAAAUAUGUGAUUGUGGAAAUAUAGUGAACAAUAUGACAAUUUUAAUAUUAUUAGGCCUAAGAAAAAGUAUCAUAUCAGUUACUAGACUAUAUAGUGUAAGUUAAUAGUGGAAUAGUAAUCGAAUAAUACAAAUAAAUAUGAUAUUUAUAGUG